GUUGAGUGAGGACUGUGUGUGUGUGGUGGUGACCGACCCCCCCCCGCCCCCUAGUGUCGUGUGUUCCUACAGUUUUUAUACACAUAAGUGAUUCAUAUUAACUCUUGUUUGGAUUUUACUUAAUAUCAACCGAAUAUAUUGACAGACAAGUGAGGACAACGACAGUGACAACGCUGACGGUGACGGCAAAACUACAGUGAUAAAAUAAAAAUUGGGAAGACUGCAGUGUAUUGAAGGCAGGAGCAAGUAGGAAGACAGUGAAAGCAGUAACAUAAUGAAAAAAAGGAAUACAGUAAGAAUAAUUAUAGUGUAAAGGAUGUAAAAUAAUGAAGACAGUAACAUGGUGAAAAGGAAAUAUUGUGAAGGCAGUAAAGUAAUGAAGUUAGUGAUGGAAAUAAUGCUGUGAAGGCAGUGAUAAACAGAGUGAUGUCAGUAACAGCGAAGUCAGUUACAGUGAAGUUUUUACCAUAGUGAAGUCAGUAACAGCGAAGUCAGUUACAGUGAAGUCUUUAACAUAGUGAAGUCAUUAACAGCGAAGUCAGUUACAGUGAAGUCACUAACAUAUGAAGUGAGUAACUGUGAUGUCAAUAACCAAGUGAAGUCAGUAACAGUGAAGUCAAUAACAAAAUGAAGGCAGUGAUAACAGUAUUACAGUGAAAGUAGUAGAGGCAGAGAAGGCGACAGAUCACUGUGAAGAACAAUACGGUGAACAGUGCGACGUUAAACAAGUAAAAAACAAUUCCAUAGUGAAGGAAGCGAUAAAUUGUUACAUUGGUAAGCGUUGUAAUUGUUGCAGUGAAAUCUUUACCGCUUUUGAACAUUGGAAAAACAGUGAUAUUCAUAGUUACAGUGGAAGAUGAUACAAUGUUACAGUGGUGCAUGGUUAAAUUAAUUAAUAGUACACUGAAGGCAGUCAUUUAAGGAACAAGGUAACAUUGGAAAGAUUCUAAACACCAUAAUACAUUGGAAGAAAUGAUGUAAUAAAAGCAAUGGUGCAGUGAGAGAGAGAGAGAGAGAGAGAGAGAGAGAGAGAGAGAGAGAGAGAGAUGGCAUCGUCACAGCAUUGUUAAAGUGAUUUAAAUACCCUAGACAGCAGAUCAUUGCAGUUUAAUCAUUAGUGUUACACGGAAAAGUGAAAUCAGUCACAGGAUGAUGGUACCAUUGGAAUGCAAACAAAAGGUUGAGUGAAUGCCCUGAUGAAAGAAGAUACAUAAUACUGUGUAGUCAUUGACGAAGUGAAAGAAAUCGUACAGUGAAGAGGGUAAUGAAGUGAAAAUAAUAGUGCAGUGAAAGCAUUGGUAUAGUGAAGGUAUAGUGAGGGAAUGGAGGCAGUAUUAUAACAACUGUGAUUGAAGUAGCUGUGAAUCGAGGCUCAAUAGAACAGUGAAAGCAGUAACAGGAAAGUGAAGGCAGCACUGAGGAGAAAAGAAGCUAUGAAAUAGUUACAGCAGAACAGUGAAAUGCGUAGAUGAAGUACAGUACCAGUAACAGUAAAGUGAAGAUGAAAAUGUUACGGUAAAAAUUACGGUAGAGAGAGACAGAUAACGACACUGAUUUGCAUAACAGUGUCUUAAGAGUGAAGUCAGUAGGGCCACGAGCUGCUCAAAGCAAACGAAGAAAAAAAUUUAAAUGUCAUGUUUCUUGUUCACUGCGGGGACCAGCCACGAGAUGUCGCUAUAGUCUGGUGUCACUAUAAUCUGGUGUCAUUAUAAUCUGGUGUCCAAUUUUAAAUUAUUGAGAAUCAUUAUCACUCCAGGUGUCAUUUAAUUGCUUGGGGAAUCUUACUCCCAACUCCAAGCCAGAUUAUAUGAAAUGGUUCACUAAUUAUUCAUCUAGGUUCGUCGUUAAUUAUUGUGGUAACCAAUAGGACACAUAUAUGGACAUGACGUCAUCAGUAACUCCCAUCUCUCAGCCAAUGAGGAUUCUCUACACGUCUGCUGUUGUGUUCAUCUUCUUCAUUUACUCAGGUUCAGCUGCGGGGUUCCAGAGGUUCCGCGUGACGCCCGAGAGUGUGGAGGUGAUGGAGGGCGCUGAUGUGUUCCUCCGGUGUGUGGUGGAGAACCAGCAGGGCAAGGCGCAGUGGACCAAGGACGGCUUCGCUCUAGGGUUCGAGCGGCAGGUGCCAGGUUAUCCUCGUUACUCCUACGCAGGUGACCCGUCGCUGGGCCAACACCACCUGGUCAUCAGCGGCAUCACCAUCACUGAGGACGGCGAGUAUCAGUGUCAGGUUGGCCCCACCCAGACUAACCCACCAAUCUGGGCCUCUGCUAACGUCACUGUGCUUGUGCCACCAAGGAGCGUGGAGUUCUCAGGGUGGCGAGACGGUGCAGUGGUGGAGGUAGUGGCCGGCGUCUCACUCACUCUACAGUGCCUGGUGAAGGACGCUCGACCCGCCCCUAGUGUGUGGUGGUACAGAGACGGACUACAGCUGGAUCAAGGGUCGGUCCAGGAGCGGGUGGAGGAGUCGUCACUGCCAAGACGGUGGAGCGUCAGGAGUCGGCUGGUGGUGACGGCGACGGCUGAGGACGACGGCAAGUUGUACACGUGUGAGGCCGACCACCCCGCCCUCAGAGAAGCCUCCCACCCUCUACUGGCCUCCAUCAUGCUCUCCGUCCUCCAUCGGCCGGGGCCGCCUGCUAUCAGCGGGUACAAGACGGGGGAGGUGUUGGUGGCGGGGGAGCGGAGGACCCUGGUGUGCCGAGUCUCAGGGGGCAACCCACGCCCCUGGGUCACCUGGCACCGGCAGGGCCUCCUGCUGGAUGACACCACCACCGCCGACGCCUCCGGGGUCAUCAACACUCAUCAGCUUACUGCCACCGCCGCUGACGACGGCGUUAUCUACGAGUGUCGCGUCAGGAGUGACCUUCUGGAGAAGCCGCUGGUGGCCAACGUGUCCCUCACCGUCUACUACGUGCCGUCCUUCGUCAGUCUGACAGGGCCGUCACAGGUGGAGGAGGGGGCGCCCAUCUCCCUCACUUGCGAGACGAGCAAAUCCAACCCUCCCGCCUCGCUCGUUUGGAGAGUUCAAGGAGAGACGGUGACAGGCGAACCAGAAACGAUGGUACGGGUCAGCACAGGAGGAUGGGUUACUACGUCUCAGUUGACCCAUUACAAGGUCAGGUCACGUAAGGUCACCGAGGUAGUGGUUGAGUGUAAAGCCCUUAACCCCGCCAUUGACCAAACUGUGACCAAGACUCGUAUUAUCGCCAUCACAAAGCCCGCUGGUCCACCGAGGUUCGAGGGUGACUUACACAGGCAGUUCUUGGCUGGGACGACCAUUGACCUGUUGUGUUCUAGCAUGGGAGGUCAUCCUGCACCCACCAUCAGGAUAUACAAGGAAGAGGAAGAGAUACCGACGGAGGUGGUGAGGGAGAUGAACGUGACCCGUGGGAGAGCUAAGGUAGGACUCACCCCAGCUGACAACGGUGCUAAAGUGACGUGUGAGGUGACCUCUGUAGGCAGCACCAGCGCCCCCCUCACCGCCUCCGCCAGACUCACCGUCACAUUUGCACCGUGGGAAGUGACAGGGUCAAUGACUCCCGCCACAGUAGAGGAGGGAGCUUUAGUGAGUCUCUCGUGUGAGUCUUCCUCCAGCCUCCCGCCCUCCAACAUCACCUGGAGGUCGGACGGUGUCACCAUAGAUGACGCCACCGUCACGAGUAAUCAGGGAGCUUUUGGCGGCACCAGCACAAGGUCGGAGAUGCAGCUGAGGACAACAGCGGGAGACAACGGUAAGAUGUUUCUGUGUGAGGCAGACAACGGCCUGGGUCCCGCUGUCCACACCACGCUCACCCUCCACGUGCUGCACUCGCCGGUGUGGGUAGCGAAGCCGCCCCCAGAGAUCGACGUGUACGAGGGUGACGACUUGGUGGUGAACGCUGAGGCAGCCGCCAACCCGGGACCUGCCAGGUACUGGUGGCGUCGGGGGGAAGAGACGCUGAUGGGGACGGGGCAGGAGCUACAGCUGGGGCGGAUCACCAGGCAACACACCGGCCACUACUCCGUCAGCGCCUACAGCCAGAGGGGAUCAGUGAACGCUUCCUUUUAUCUCAACGUCCAGUACGGGCCAGAGAAGGUGCAAACAGGUGAUCGUGUGAUGGUUGAGGAAGGAGGAAGGGUGAGCACACAGUGUUCCGCCACAGGUAACCCCGUCCCUAACCUCACCUGGACAAGGGACCCCAUCUACACCCACAACAGCUCGGGAAUAACUCUGGGGUCAGGUGUGGGCGUGGCGCGGCUGGUGAUAGAGUCAGCGACACGGUCGGACACGGGCGUGUACUUCUGCCACGCCCACAACGUGGUGGCCUCGGCACCCCCGGCCAAGACCCACGUGGUUGUGGAGCAGGAGGUGAAGGCAGCUAGCGAUGUGCCUGGUCUCCGAGGGUCGUGGACGUCUGUAGGCGGCAGUGGGCGGCUAGUGUGUAAGGUGAGAGCCGCCCCGCCACCCACCUUCGUCUGGAACAGCCAAGGCGGCCUGAUCCUCAUGAACAGUGACAAGUACACCAUCCACGAGCCUAAGCUGUUGGACGGGCUGGUGCUGUGGUCGUCAGUGUUGGAGGUGAGGAACAUUGUACCACACGACUACACUAAGUACCACUGUACAGCCACCAACCCUCACGGCUCUGAUUCUGUGGUGAUAGUGCUCAACCCGCCCUCGCGCCCACACCCGCCCCUCAACUUCACCGUAAGCAAGGUAGCGGGCGGGGAGGUGUGGCUCAGCUGGACUCCCAACCUGGACGGCGGCGCCCCUAGCGGCUACACCGUCAAGUACAGACGUUCAGGUUCACAGGAGUAUAAGUACUUGGAGGUGCAGGAAGGAGGGACGUCGGCAGCGAGGGUGACUGGGCUGGCGUUAGGCGCUGAGUACACCAUCGCUAUCCAGGCCAGAAACCACCACGGUCGAUCUCACUUCGUUUCCCGCUCUAUCUCCACCUUGCUUGGCAAGAAUGGGGAGCCGACCAGCUUGCAGGGUCUGGCUGGCGCCACCAGCAGGCUGCCGGCGGGGAGUGGUGACCUCAGCCCAGAGCCUGAGGAGGCUUCCAGCAGUACGGCCGAGGGCGGCUCUAGAGUACCUCGUCUCAUCCUGCUCAUCAUGACACUGACGGGCGCCGCCCUCCUCGUCCUCAACAUCGCCAUCAUCGCCUGCUUCGUGCGCCGCCGAGCCAUGAAUAGAAACCCUUCUGCGUCUUCGUCGUCCAAGACUGUGUCCCUGGGUACUUUUGGGGCCACUCCCGCCUCCACCCCCGGAGUACACCCGAGCGAGGUGUUCCUCUCCCUCAACACCAUGUCCUCCAACAAUACAUCCAGCUCUCCUACAGAGUACAAGAACGACGAACGACCACAACCUACAUGCGACGACCCCUCACAGCGCCCCGUUGAUAUUACCUCCUCAUCGUCGAGUGAAAAUCCUUUACCCAAGGAAGGAGAACCAUCCAACUAUGAUCAUGACUUGGUUAACUUCCCCACGGAACCAGAUAUCUGUUCCUUAGGUUCCAGUGUUUAUGAUAAUGUUCCACCUGAAGACCCACGAAGGAGAGGUUCAGAUGCCUACCCAGCCGAAGACCAGUUCUCUGUCUGUUCCAACCGCAGCAACAACUCCCGCGUCUACUCCCAGGGUUUCCUCCGUCCACUGUCGUCCCUUGGGAGUCUACAGCAGCAGACGACGCCGCAGUUGAUCCAAGAUACUCUCCAAGCUCUACCACGUCAAUCCCAGCAACAGUAUCUCCUCAGACUCGCUCAAGCACAACAACAAUUACUACAGCAAACACCUCCUCCACAACAACAUCAACGUCAACAUAACCCACAAUCUCCCCAGCAACACCAACCUAACCUACAACCGAUAAAAGAACACCAACAUAAUGAUUCACAACCGUCGACCCAGAGUAUAUCACUUCAUCAAUCACCUGAACAACAACAACAACAGCAACAACCACUCGUUCAGUCAUCACAACAUCAGCCACACUCACAACAGCAACAGCUACGUCGACAGUCAUCACAGCAUCAACAGACACCAGGACACCAAACAGCCUCUCAUCAACAGCGUAACGUACAAUCACCACAACCACAGCCACAACAAAGUCCUCAAUCAUCACAACAACAACAAUACAGCCCACAGUCAUCACAACAACAACAGACAAGUCCACUUUCAUCCCACAAACAGCAGCAGAGUCUGAAACAACCUCGACAACAUCACCAAGCUAGUUUACAGUCUACCGCUCAGCUACACGACCCACUCUCACCGUCACAACCUCCCACACAACCACAACUUGACCCUCUAUCACAACCACAACAUGACCCCAUCUCACAACCACAGCACAAGCCACAUCCACAAGCAUCACCCCCACAGUAUCAACAACUACCACAGGAAGCUUUGCGUGAACCACCAGCAUACUCCAACCUAAACCCGAGUGAUCUAUUUCCCCUAAGGUCUGAUAAUUACCACGUAGACUACAGACAGACGUCGUUCACCACAGGAGCGCCAGCAGGCUACAGUACACUGGGAACUCGCCGCCAUCGCCAAACGCCCAUACAGUUUGCUACUCUACAGCGUCCUCGCUCGUCCCGUGCACACGGCAAACACAACGCAGCGACUGGUGAAUAUUAUAACAUAACUCAGCCCUUUCCCGAGGACACCAUCCAGUUGAAGCCUCUUCGGUACGACCUCGGAAAGUCUGCCUCUCAUAGUCUCUCACAGCAGGAAAACAGUGGGUCCUCAGGCUACUGCAGCAGUCCAAAUCGUGAGGUCAACCCAGGAGUGGUGCGGCCCACUCGCAAAACAUCCGCCAAGAGUCAGAGCCACACCUUUCAAGGACUCCAGUCCCCCCAGAAAGACUCUGUGGACACUUGCCCUGGCAGCCCCCCAGUCCUCAAAGGCAGUCCUCAAGCCCCGACGGACGCCACCACCCAAGGACACACACGGGUGGCACACAACCACGUGCAACAAGAGAGCAGCGUGGGUCUGCUUAGAAAACCUCCAGGAGAAUCUGAAAACCACACAACUGACGAACACAGAUAAACAUAACAUGCUUGAUACUUUUUUACUCCGAUCAUUUAUUUAUUGUAUAUUUUUAACCGACGCCUGGGAGCCGAAUUAAACAUUGUGUAUGGCUACAGUAUUAACUGGAUACAGACGCUUCAUGACGUGUCAUGUCAAACUAUGUCCAAUAUGUAAAUGAGCUAACUGUGAUAUGCUUUAGAAA